UAUGCAGUUUGUUCCCAGUUCUCCAGGGGUGUCUAUGCCAUCUUUGGUUUCUAUGACAAGAAGAGUGUGAACACCAUCACGUCUUUCUGUGAGACCCUCCACGUGUCCUUCAUCACACCGUCGUUCCCUGCUGAUGGACUCAAUCAGUUUGUCCUUCAGAUGAGACCCGACAUCAAGGGACCUCUGGUCAGCUUAGUGGAGUAUUACAAGUGGGACAAGUUCGCCUACCUCUAUGACAGUGACAGAGGUCUGUCCACCCUGCAAGUGAUCCUGGAUACAGCAGCAGAGAGGAAGUGGAUUGUAACAGCCAUCAACGUAGGCAACCUGAAGGAUGAGAGAAAGGACGAGGCGUAUCGCUCCAUGUUCCAAGACCUGGAGAUACGAAAGGAGAGGAGAGUCAUUCUGGACUGUGAACAAGACAAGGUUAAAGACAUCAUGGACCAG